GAUCUAUCGAGAUGGCUUGUGUUGCAUUGACUUCUCUGAUGGCAACAAUUGAGCUAGAGUUUCUGCAACCAAAUCCAAGCAGGGUUCCUCUUGAUGCUGAAGGGUUUAUAUCAAUGGAAUCUUUGUAUGAAAAGGUUUCAUCUUUGCAAGGUUUUGUGAAGGAGAAAUCCGGGGCACAGGGUGGCACUGCAAUCAGAGAACUGGAGAUACAAAUCAGAGACUUUGCACUGGAUGCCGAAGAUCGCAUUGAAAUACAACUAAGCAACUUUCUUCUGGCCAAAAACGGAGAGGAUCAACAAAAAGCUUAUCAACAACUCCAUCAAACCUUGGGAGAAGCAGCAGAAAACGCAGUGGAGUUGCUGGAAAAAAGCAAGGAAUUGGAAACUGAUGAAGAAGAAGAAGAAGUGGUGAAUGAAAGUGAAGGACCACUGAUUCCUUGGUUAAAACACGCUUCGGCUUCGGAGCCCAGCAAUGUCGUUAUGGUCGGUCGUCGCCGUGAUCAUAAGCUGAUAAGGGACAGACUCAUCAUGUGGCCCUCGAGUGAACUAGAAGUGGUCUCAAUUGUUGGGAUGGCCGGCAUUGGGAAAACAACUUUAAUUACUAGUGUCUAUAAUGAUCCAUUAGUUGCAUCCCAUUUCGAUGUACGAAGAUGGGUUUCUAUGCCUGUGGGUGGGGGAUACAAUGAAAAGGGAAUUAGCCAACUGCUACACACCCUUCUUUGGACACUACUACCAGAGGCAGAUGAUGAUGAUGAUGAUCUAGCAGUAGCUAAGCAGGUAUACAAAUGCUUGAAAGGUAUGAGAUAUCUAAUUGUUUUGGAUAACUUAUGGAACAAUCAAGCUUUGUAUGAUAUCCGGCGUUGUUUACCUAAUGAUACAAAUGGAAGUUGCAUAGUGAUAACAACUACGCAUUUCACGGGGGGUACAUAUGGUUACCUUAGCUAUGUUCAUAACAUGACUUUGCUAAAUUCAGAAGAAAGUUGGGCUUUAUUUUGUAAUAACCCUUUUCUGAAAUUGAAAAACCAUAUGGAACCAACUAAAUUUCAAGAAAUUAGGAGCCAAGUUGUAAAGAUAUGCGAAGGAUUGCCACACUCAAUUCUUGUAGUUGCAAAACGUCUAUCUAAGUGUGACAACAUAAGACAAGAAUGGAAGAAGGUUGAAAAGGAAAUAGAGUUGCUUGGAGUUUUAGAUAGGAGGGCACUGACCCACACUUACAAACAAUUGCCACAACACUUAAAAGUUUGUUUUCUAUAUUUUGGAGUCUUCCCAAAACGCAGUGCAAUCAAAGUGAAACAACUUAUUAGGCUAUGGAUUGCUGAAGGAUUUGUUAAUCCAUUGGAGGGCAAGGAGUUAGAAAAUCAAGCCUAUGAGUAUUUGCAAGAGUUCAUUGAUAGAAGUCUUAUUCUAAUUGACAAUUGGAGUUUUUAUAGAAAAAAUAAGAAUUGUAGGAUGCAUAGUGCCUUACAUAGCUUUUGUGUAAGUGAAGCUCAGAAAGAGGGCAUUUUUUGUGCUUUAAAUACUCAACAACUUCCACGAGGGUCAUUUGGCAUGUUUGCAAAUUCAUGCCGCUGGUUAAGCUUAUACACACAUAAAUUUGACUAUUAUGUGUUGUUAAGAACAAACAACCCUCGUUCCAUUUUCUUCUUUCAAGAAGAUGCUGAUGAAAUAUAUGUAUCUUUCAAGUUUCUAAGAGUUUUGGCUUAUGUUCCAUCUUCAUUUCUUCAAAGAGUGCCAACGCGCUUAUAUGAUUUAGUUUUUUUGAGAUACCUAUCUGUAUCUGGAUGGUUUGAGGGUCUUGAGUAUAUAGUGUCAACCAAUCGAAACUUGCAGACACUUGUUGUUUCUAGUAAAGAAUCCCAACUUGGAACACCUAGUAUUCAUUUGCCUUCAACAAUUUGGGAGUCACCAAAAUUACAACAUCUUGAACUUGACAAAUCUUAUGUGAUUGAUCCUCCAUGCAUGGAUAAAGAUAAUAUUCGAACAUUAUCUUGGGUGUGCACAUCAACUCAUUAUAGAGAAGGGCCAAGAGGACAUUGCAGGUUUCCAAAUAUUGAAAAAUUGAAAAUCUUUCUAGUUUGCAGCAAUCCUAUUCGUUUUGAUAAUUUUGAAUAUUUCGAACGUCUUGAGAGACUAUCAAUUAUUUCAUUUUCGUUUGAUUACAUUGUAAACAUUCCAAAGCCAUCUAUGUAUCCUUUACAACUAAAGAAGUUGAGGUUGAACGGUACUUACCUUUCAGAGAAGGAUUUAAAGGUAAUUGAAAUGUUGCCUCAGCUUGAGGUUCUCAAAUUGGAAAAUGCCUUUCGUGGAAAAGUAUGGAAAGUAGAAGAAGGAUUUUUGCGAUUAAAAUUUUUGCUUCUUGAAGAUAAAAUGCUCAAGCAAUGGAUAGUCGUCAGUGAUGAAUCCUUCCCAAGUCUUAAGCAUCUAGUCUUAAGAUUUUGUUAUUGUUUGGAACAAAUCCCCGAGGUUAUGAAAUUUAUUGUUACCUUGGAGUCAAUUGAGGUUCAGUGGUGUUGUCGGUCCGUUUGCGAUUCUGCAAAGUGGAUUCAAGAAUGUCAACGCAAGAUUGGAAUGGAAAGUUUAGAGAUCAAAAUCGUGGGAUCUGAAUAUGAUGAUGAUGAAUCAGAGUGUACACAAACAGAAGAGUUUAUAGCUUCAGAUGAUGAAUGACGAUGACAAGCUAA